AUGUCUCAGCCAACCACCCUGACGGCCACCUACGCCUCCCCCACCAACGACGCCUUUGCCCUCUCCAGCACGCUGCCCCUCUCCGACGACGACAAGACGGCGUACCUCGGCGCGCUGCGAGCCGCCGUCGGCGAGGCCCAGGCCACCAUCAACAAGGAGCUCACGGCGCGCAUGGAAGAGGACAAGGCGCGGGACGCGGGCGCGGCUGCCGCGGCCGGCGACGACGCCAAGGAGGAGGAAAACUAUGGCGAGGACGUGCAGGAAGGGGAGGACUGA